AUGCACUUGCCUGGCGCAGUUGUGGCUCACCCUCCGUAUCACCCUCCGCCAGUGUGGCUACCCUAUUGUGUACAACUGCUGCUAGCAUUCUACGUCAGCAUCUCUCUCGGACAACCUGCCGGCGCCAGUCCCGUCGACACAUCCAUCUCUGUCGUGCGCCAGCUUUCUCCCACACCUGUCAAGCCUGUCAGCGCCAGAUUCUAUCCGGCCGCAAAUUUUGAUCUACACUCUCCCCUCCCUCAAGCGGAGUCGGACUUGGGUUCCGGCAAUCUCCGUCCCAGUCCCAUGGAGCAACUCAACACUACCUGCUUCCCCGAAUCCACUGGCCACGAUAUCUUCAAUUCUUGA